GAGUGUCUUUGGUUUGUAAGUGAUUAGCGGUAAAGCCUCGUGCAUCAGUAGCUAAUCGAACGUUCCUCCGAACGGAUCUCCACUGAGUGAGAGCAGCAGAAGCAACCUAGGCUUAGUUGGUCAUCUUGAGUUAGUUUCAAAGUGUUCAAAGUAACCUAUCAUCAGCUGGAAAUCAUGCCUCACGAGUUUGAUAUCGAAACCGGUCCGGCCUCUCCGGAGCUGCUGGAGAUAGCUCGGAUGGAACUUCGGGAGACUCCGGAACUUCGCGAAGCAUCGAUUAAGGAGCUACGCAGUCUGCUGAAGGAAGCCACCGAUUUGCACUACAAAGACGACGAUGAAUUUCUGCUGAUUUUCCUGCGUCCUUGCCACUUUUACCCGGAGAGUGCGCUUAAAAUGAUGCGUCGCAUUGCCGAGUUCAAGAAGAACUACCACAACCUGCUGCACAACCUGAUGCCGGAGGACGAAAGACGCGCCUUCACCGAGCACAACGUUGUCAAUGUGCUGGCGAACCGUGACCAGAAGGGACGCCGCGUGCUGCUGGUCAACUGCGGUGCCCUGUGGGACCCGAAGCAGGUCAGCUCCGAGCAGCUGUUCCGCCUGUUCUAUCUCAUCCACCUGAUUGCCCAGCUGGAACCGGCCACCCAGAUCAACGGCGCCGUCGUCAUCAUGGACUUUGACGGUCUCUCACUCAAGCAAGUCCGAGCUCUCUCGCCAUCCUUCUCCAAGCUGCUGCUGACGUUCAUCCAGGAGGCUUUACCGCUGCGGUUGAAGGCGGUCCACAUCAUCAAGCAACCGUUCAUCUUCAAGAUGGUCUGGGCUCUGUUCACACCGUUCAUCAAGGAGAAGCUCAACAAGCGAAUGUUCUUCCACGGUGGCGAUAUGAAGAAAUUCCACCAGUACGUUAGCCCGGAUGUACUGCCGAUGAACUACGGUGGUGAGCUGCCCGAGAUCGAUUACUCCGGAAAAGAUUGGUUCCCGUGCGUGGGCAAGUACAUUGACCACAUCCGCGCGUACAACGAGUGCGGUUUCGUGGAAAAGACUGACAUUAAGUAACUGGAGAGACCUAGAAUACGUAACGAUCAUUCCAAACCACAUGAAUAUUGAAA